AUGCAGGCAAAGCAGUACAUAGGAGUUGCUAUUUUGGUUCACAGAAAUAGGUGCCCACAAAACAAUCCAUUUCUGUCAAUUCUACAAAUGUAUAUGCAGAGGAUAUCUAAAACACUACAUGUGCUUUUUGCUGCAGUGCUAAAAUCUUCUAAAAACAGUUAUACUUCAGAUACAUCACAGAUCAAAUAUUUGAAGAGAUGUUCCUUAAAAUUUGUACAUACAGGGAAGAAGAUGCUGAGCGAAAAUAACAACCCAAUUGUUCAUUAUGUUACUGAAAACUCUUUAAGGGAACCCAAAAUUUUAGAAGAACUGCGAGUGUACACCCAACAAAAUGUUGCAAUGUCGUUGAUGUUGACAGAUCCUUUACAAGCACAGUUUUUCCGCUUACUCCUCAAUAUGCUGGAUGCUAAGAAGUGCAUUGAGGUUGGAACAUAUACUGGGUAUAAUGCUCUGAAUUGUGCACUUACCCUUCCAUCAGAUGGUAUGGUGUAUGCAUUAGAUAUCAGCGAAGAAUAUGUGAAUCAUGGAAAACCAUUUUUUGAGAAGGCAAAUGUAGCAGAAAAAAUUGAUAUUAGAAUAGCACCUGCUGGGGAAACAAUGGACCAAUUAAUCAGUGAGGGUCAUGCUGGCACAUUUGAUUUUGUUUACAUUGAUGCCGACAAACCAGGAUAUGACAUGUACUACGAAAAAGGUUUGAUGCUUGUUCGAAAGGGUGGUCUUAUCGUUCUUGAUAACAUGUUGCAGCAUGGGAAAGUUGUCCAAAGCAAAGAAACGUGGAAUAUCUCUACUCAAUCCAUUGAUAAGUUAAACAAGAAAAUCAAAUCUGAUGAACGUGUUCAAGCCUCCUUCUUUAAUCUUGGUGAUGGAGUUACAUUUUGUCGAAAAAUUUAAGUAUGUUAAUGCAUUUACAUGCAUGUCAAUUUUUUAAUGUUGAUUGAUAAAUAAUUUUUGACAAUUAAUUAGUUUUGUUAAACUAUCAACUUCUGAAUUUUGAACUUCUGUCAUGGCUCUGUUUUAUAAGAGUAUUAUGACAGUUUUAGAACAAAACAUAUAUUCAGACUCUGUACGACAACACAAUUUGAUGUUCAAGCUUUACAAAUGUUUAUAGUUUUUCUAUCUCAAAGUUAUCCUGACAUUCUAAUUGCAUUAAUCUACCAGCUGCAGAAGUAAGUGGUAAAAAGUAAGUGAUAAUUAUUCUCCCAUACUUAAUUGUAGUAGGUCCACCCCCUAACUGUUGUCAGAAAUUAAAAGAAAAUAUUAAACAACAGAAAAAUGUUUUGAAACAAUGGAACAGAACUGCGCUUUCAUUAUUCUCUUUUAAAGAACAAGCUCUUUAGUAUUCAGUGGAGACUUACAAUGAUGUGAUGAAGAGAAAAUGUAUUAGUAGGCUAUUUAAUUUCAUAGCAUUUUAAACUACUAAUUUCGACUUGAUGUCUACAUCCCCUCUCUUAACAGUUAAAACUCCCCUAAACUCCCUACAAUUAGGUAUGGGAAAGUAAAAUUAAUAUAAUUUUUUUUAUUAAAUUUAUAUUUUUAUAAAAGAAAUACGAAUAAUGUUGUGGUUUUUUAGUUUACUUUUCUGUGUCACUCUGUGGUUGCAAUGAAUCUAGGGAAAUCAUUCAUCAUUGUCAUAUUUUAUAGCUGACAGAAUCGAGACUUUUUUGUGGGCAUACUGGGCUUUGCUGAAACAAUGGCAAUACAUCUGGCUGUAAUUUUGCUUAAAACUCAGAGGUUGAGCACAGGCUGGCUGGAUGUGCUAAAAUCUUACUUCUCUUAAAGAUCUUUCAGAAAAAUUAAGACACAGCGACAAAAAAAAAUAGCCAGCAUGGCAUGCUAGCCUCAUGUCUUAUUAAGCCAAGUUUCUGGUUAGUUUGGCUGACGUUUUUCGUGUGACUGAUUCAGCUUAGCUAAUUGAAGUACAGAAAUGGCAAAUUAAAGAAUUCAGGGUUUCAACAUUUCUUUAAGAAUUUUCUAAUUUCAAAAACACAAACUGUUGAGAUGUCUUCCCAUCUUUUUUAUUUAUGAUUUCUUAAUUUUUCUACAGUAUACAAUUUUACAAUGUAUAAAAAGGUUCAUUGUAUAGUGUUUUGGA